GACUUUUGAGCCUUGCAAUUUUGACAGAUUUCAGGGCCCUGUUUCACCAGUGCAUGCUGCUAUCAAAUUGCGCGAGCUAACGUAAUGUGGUGACGCCACAGUAAUGACGUUUUGUGUAAUCCGUGAGCUUUUUCAUAGCUACGUUUGGAACAGAGUUGCUGUGUCGUUGAAUGUGUUUGAUUUGAUCGCACGGCCGUGAAGAUGUUAGCAGCAAUAUUUGAUGACAUCACACAUUUUGACGACGCCAUGGUUUCUGCUGAUCUGUGCCAACAAUGGUGAAGCUUUCAGUGGAGCUGAUUCAGCAGGCCUACCAGCACAUCAACCCUGUGCGAGAUCGGGAGCUCGACUUAAGGGCCUACAAGAUACCCGUCAUUGAAAAUCUAGGUGCCACACUGGAUCAGUUUGAUACAAUUGAUUUCUCUGAGAAUGAAAUCAGGAAGCUAGAUGGAUUCCCACUUCUGAAGAGGCUUAAGUGCCUCAUGAUGAACAAUAACAGGAUAGUGAGGAUCGGCGAGACGCUGCACGAGCAGGUGCCGAACGUGCAGACAGUGCUGCUGACCAACAACAGCCUGCAGGAGCUGGCCGACCUGGACCCGCUCGGCAGCCUGCCGCGACUCACCACACUCAGCCUCAUCGGCAACCCGGUGGUGAUGCGACAACACUACCGGCUCUACACCAUCUUCCGGAUGCCCCACUUGCGCGUGCUCGACUUCCGGCGCGUCAAACAACAGGAGCGGGAGCAGGCAGACGCCCUGUUCAAAAGCAAAAAGGGCAAACAGAUUCAGAAGGAGAUCUCCAAACGGUCAAAGACGUUUGUACCCGGAGGCGGCCUGGAGGCGGCAGUCCAGGCAAGAGGUGCCGUUCCCUCGGGUCCGUCGGCAGAGGACACGCGGCUCAUUAAGGAGGCGAUCGCUCGCGCCACCUCGCUGCAGGAGAUCGAGCGGCUGAACCAGAUCCUCCGCUCUGGCGCCGUGCCGGGCCCAGACGUCAUGGAGGGCAUCCGCAGCGGCCAGCCCAUGGAGGAAGGGUUCUGAGCGUCUCUCACAAAUUUCUGCGAUGUCUGGGCGGGUGCCCGGGCCGGAGCCCCCACCGCUGGCCACUCAGCGAUGGUCCGGCUCAUCACAGUGGGGCGGCGGGACGCUGGGUGACAGUCCCGCCCGUCGCAGUGGGGCGGCGGGACGCUGGGUGACGGUCCCGAGCGUCACAGUGGGGCGGCGGGACGCUGGGUGACGGUCCCCCUUGCCGCCGGCCGGGACCGAGGCGCUCCGAUGAGCGGCCGUAACCGCCGUGUGCUCCACCUGGACCGUCGUCCUCUGAUUCAUCUCAUCAGCGUCAGUAUAAUACACAUGCAGAUACGUCUUG